AUGUUCAAGAAGUUGAGUUCGUUCCUUGGAUGGAGCGGAGAGGCUUCCGAGGACAAUGUUGAAGUUCCCGAAGAUGUGCGCGUCCAAUAUCAGAAAUCCAUGUAUGCGGUCAAAUUUGACAAAGCUGACGCUAAAGGAGAUCCCAAAGGUGUCACUGUUGGGUUCCUGAGAGCCAAAAUGGGAGAAAUUCUGGAAUGUGAUGAUCUGGAUUCGAUUCUCUUGUAUCAAAUAUCUCCAGAACAGAGGCGUUUGGUUGAUAAUGACUCGCAUUUGACAGAUUACGGCAUUAUGACUGGUGACAGGUUAUUGGCAAUUCUUAGUACUGAUAAAGAUGCCCCCAAAUCUGCCUCUGCCUCAAAGAAUAAAAAAAAGAGAAAGAAGAAGACUACUGCAGGAUCUAGUAAUAGUCCUGGAAACACUACCCCAGCUCGUACACCGCCUCCCCCACCUACUCCUAAGACUCCUCAGGAAAAGAUCAAAGAAGUGUUAGAAUCUACAGACAAAGACCUAGGUCCGCACAUUGAACAAUUUAUCAGUUCACCUCCGAAAACGAAAGAAGCACGUGCUGACCUUCAUCAUAGACUUUCCGAAAUGGUUCUCCAAAAGAUGUUUUUAUUGGAUGAUGUGGAUGUGUCAGAUAGUCAAGAGCUGCGGCAGGCACGUAAAUCUGCCAUCAACACACUCCAUUCUUACCACAGUCGCCUGGACGAGGCAAACAAAAGAUAUGAGGAGGAGGAUGUUGCUUCUGCAACUGCUUAA